AUGAAAAACGAAGAAAGCCAGCAUCCUCAAUACAGUGGAUCGAGUGCCGGUUACCCGAAUGACAUUGCGGUUCUGGAGCUGAGUUCCGCUUUUCCUCUUGGGUCCACUAUCGCCUUAGCGACCCUGCCCUCAAGCAAUGAGGACUUCCUUAGCGAACCUCAAAACUGUUGGAUGACCGGCUGGGGCCGAACUAAUGUCGGAACAUCUGGAUCAACAUCUAAUUCUCUGAUGGAAGCACAGAUUAGAAACAUCGGAAAUACCGAAUGUGCAAAUAGAUGGAGUGGAAUCAACGGAGCCAGCAUUUUCAAUAGCCACAUCUGUCUGUAUGAAGAGGGGAAAUCAGCUUGCAGUGGUGACAGUGGUGGACCUUAUGUGUGCGAGAAGAACGGAGAGUGGAGACUUGCCGGAGUGACGUCAUGGGGAAUCAGCACGUGUUCGGGUAGCUAUCCUAGUGUGUAUACCCGGGUGUCUAGUUACCGCAGCUGGAUCUCCAACUAUUUGUAAACUUGUCAUUUUACAGACAAAAUAAAAAGCAUGAAACAUUUUCA